UCGAGCAGAUAUGCGUGAUAUGUGGCACUAGCAUUUGGCUAGACGAGGUACGGUAUGGUUCAAAGCCAUGCCCCACCACGGCCGAGGGCUUUGUCCAACACCUACUUGGAGCCCGAGGGAGAUCUUCCAGAAUUUUCUGAACUCGCUACCAGAUCGCGGAAUCCCAAGGGGAGCGCUGCACUGAACAGCCCAGUAUCCAAGCAGGUUUGCAGGUGCGGCACUACGGUGCUUUUCCCAGCACAAGUGAACAGUAGAACCUGCUGGAACUGCGGCACCUUACUUCAGCUGGAAAGUGCUCCGGGUCAAGGUGCGUGGUCAAAAGGGCCUCCACCUUCACCAGCACCCUCGACCAGCUCCACCGCCUCCACUUUGCGACCUCACGAUGGUCACACGACUCACACGAGUCACACGACUCACACGGUGCAACGCCCUGCUGGACUUCCAAAGGAGGUAGACCUUGACCAGCGCUUUGAUGGGCAGGUCGCUGUGAGCAUACCGGUGCCGAGCCCAUGGUCUGGCGCUGCAUUGUGCUUUGUCGCAGGUUUAUUGAUGGCAUCGCUCUUUGUGAAUGCAGCGCUCUACAGUGAGACACAUGGAGGAGCUGGGGCCAUUUGGGAACAAGUCGUGGAGCAGACACGGACUUCACUGGAUUUCAUUCGGGAUGCAGAUGGUGAUGGUGUGCCGGACCAGGAUGACUUUUGCCCUGGCAAACGGCUACGAAAGGGGGAGCGUGCAGUUUGGAUCUCUGGCCGCGCCUCGGACUUCGAUGGCGAUGGAUGCGAGGACGGUGUGGAGGACCAGGAUAGAGACAACGAUGGCGUGGAGGACAGAAUGGACAGGUGUCCUUUCUCACCAAAGCAGUACAACUUUGUGUCGGAUUCUCUCAAUGACUUCGACGGUGAUGGCUGCAAGGACGGUGUCGAGGACCAGGAUGAUGACGGAGACGGCGUUCCCAACGAUGAGGAUGCUUGCAAGAGGACACGCCCCGGUGAGUCCUCCGACGUGAGUGGAUGUUCAAAGGCACAGUACAGGCACAAUGAGAUCGUUCGGGAGCAGGCUCAAUCCGUGAUCCACGAGAGCACCACGCAGCAGCCUCCUGGAUCUGUCGUGUCAGAGUGGGUUUCGACGUUGAGGAGUGCGUGGCUAGAGGUGCUGUUGGGGGCUCUCAUCACCCCCAUCCUGACAUCUGCAAAGGAGCUGUUAGAGUGGCUUCGCGAGCGGAUGGCGGCAGCAUCCAAACCCAGCAACUCUCUUGGCAAAGCCAAUGCUUCCACCAAAGGCAGGGCGCUCAUGUCGUUGCUGAUCCGAACACUGUUGUAUGGCGUCUUCUUCUUCGGCGUCUAUGCUUGGAGGACCUGGCGCUCAGCGCCUGUACAAUAGACUCAAUAAACAGCAAACUAGGCUCAAAGAACAGCUGGAGCAGCUGUAGGGAGCGUCUGAUGGUC